AUGGAUGUUCAGGUAGAGUGCCCCCCCCAUCGAUGCAGAAAUAUUGCUAUUUGUUACGGCCUACGUCAAUGGAUGCGGCCAGGAGACAAACUGCCGUUUCUGGAGUUUGAACCCUCAGAUAAGACCUGGACUUUAUCUGGCGCGACUUCGUCUAUUUUGCAGGAAAUAACAUAUAUCGAAACGGUGGAAGACUUCUUCCGUGGCGCUCCGGAUUUGGGUUGGCCUGAUUAUCUUAGUUAUUUGGAUAAGCAACAAAAAUUACUGGAGCAACACAACGAACCGGACCGCAUCCAAAGCCGUCGUGCACGGGAACUACCGGCGAGUAUUUGCAUCCAACGUCGCGUAAGUUCAAUGGAAAUCUCACUACGUGCUCUCUGA